AUGUCCUGUCAUUUGCCUGGUGAGAAUACAAUGUAUUCAAAUGUUGAUUCUAACGUGGAGGAAGCGGUUGAGUCUAGCAGUUCCCAAACCUCAAUGUUGUUAGCAUGGAUGGAUCUCAAUCUUCAGUCAAUGGAUGCACGGAAAUAUACCUUUGCGGAGAUGCCACAAUAUUAUGUAUGGAAUAAAAAAUACAAGAAGUGGCAGCAGCGCAAAAAAGGUACCUGCAUUGCUAGAUUAUAUUACUGCUACCCAUCCGCAAAGGAGCGAUACUAUUUGCGAAUGCUAUUGCAUGUUGUUAGGGGUUGUUGUUCUUAUGAUGAUAUUAGAACAGUGAAUGGGGUGGUAUAUGAAACAUUCCAAAAAGCAUGUUAUGCUCGGGGACUGUUAUCAGGAGAUUCUGAAUAGAAUGAUUGUGUCCAAGAAGCUUCGCACUGGGCUUCUGGUUAUAAACUUAGAAAACUUUUUGUCACAAUUCUUAUUCAUUGUCAGGUGGCUGAUGUGACUUCUUUUUGGUUAAAGAAUUGGGAAUUACUAAGUGAAGGCAUUUUGCAUUCACGACGUAGAGAGCUGAAUUUACCCCAGUUGAAUUUGUCGGAGGAUGAAAUUAAGGAGUUGUGCCUUAUUCAUAUUGACAAAUUGAUGGAGAGAUUUUCGAAUUCAUUAGCAGAUUUCCCUGGGUUGCCUGUUCCCGAUCAGUGUUUGCGUUCACAUACGGUAAACAGGCUGAUAGAUAUGGAGAUGAAUUAUGGACCCGAUGACUUAGACUGUUCUGAGGAUCGACAUAGUAGACCGUUGAAUGGAGAACAACAAAUCGCUUACGAUAUGGUAUUACAUUCUGUUUAUACCAAUGAGGGUAAAUGCUUUUUUGUGGAUGGAUUUGGGGGUACUGGUAAGACAUUUCUGUGGCGAGCAAUUUGUGAGCAAUUAAGAUUUGAGAAGAGGAUAGUAUUAUGUGUUGCUUCAUCUGGUAUUGCUGCACUGCUCAUGGUCGGUGGAAGAACUGCACACUCAAGAUUUCACAUUCCCCUGGAUUGUGAUACAAAAUCAACUUGCAAUAUUGAGCAAGGUUCUAAGGUAGCUGAAUUGAUUCUCAAUGCUUCACUUAUUAUCUGGGAUGAGGCACCGAUGGCUCAUAAACACAACAUAGAGGCCCUAGAUAGUACAUUGAGGGAUAUUUUCCGAGUUAAGCAUGUUGAUUCUGAGUUGAAGCCUUUUGGAGGUAUGACUAUUGUGUUUGGAGGUGAUUUCCGACAGACGUUACCUAUCAUCACGAAGGGUACACGGACUGAAAUUGUUAAUUCUUCCAUAAAGAGAUCUUAUUUGUGGCGGUCUAUGACAGUAUUGAAGCUAACCGAGAACAUGCGAUUAAAAUUGCCUCAUUCUGAAGCAUCGGCCAGGUUAGCAAUCUCAAAUUUUAGCAAAUGGCUUUUGGAAAUUGGUGAUGGUACAAAUAGUAAUAUUUUUGGAGAAUCAAUUAUCCCGAUACCUCUACACAUUUGUGUUCCCCGUCGCAGUGAUCCAAUUCCUGAUAUUGUUGCUGAAAUAUAUGGUCAGUUACUCUCCACUGAAAAUAUGUCAACCUAUUUGGUUGAGCGAGCUAUCUUAGCCCCUCAUAAUGACACUGUUGCGGCCAUUAACAAUUAUGUAUUGGGUCUAUUUCCUGGUGAAGAAGUUUCUUAUUUUAGUUCGGAUUCGCUAGAGAUUGAUGCCAAGAAUCAGCAUGUUGAAGAAGGGGACUACACAGUUGAAUUCUUGAACUCUUUAAAGAUUGGGAAUUUUCCGGAACAUGAGUUGAAAUUGAAGUUGGGGUGCCCUGUUAUUCUGCUUCGAAAUCUGGAUCAGAGUACUGGGCUUUGCAAUGGAACUCGAAUGAUCGUUAAGAGAUUAGGUAAGUGGUUUAUUGAGGUCCAAAUUUUGACCGGGACACAUGUUGGUGAUACAGUUUUCUUACCACGCCUAAGUCUAUUGGUCCACUACAAGAGCUUAAAUUUCACUCUGGUUCGAAGGCAAUAUCCAAUUGCACUGUCAUAUGCAAUGACAAUUAACAAGAGUCAAGGUCAAACAUUAAAUCACGUUGGCAUCUGCUAUGUCUCGAGUUACAUCGGAAAGGGGACUCAAGAUUCUUAGCUGUGACUCUCAAGGUAAACCGGUGAAGACUAUGCAGAACAUUGUGUUCACUGAGAUUUUUGAGUAGUGGUUUAUUGAUGUAUUAUGUUUUAUUCGAUUUGAGGACUAAGACUGUCAAAUUUAUCGGGUCGUUACAAUUUGAAUCUUGAGUUCUCAAUUUGUCCAAAUUAUUUUCCUGUUUUUAACAGCCAAUUAUAUGAAAUGUGAUAUAUGCACACUACUUUAUAUUUAAUUGUACCUCAAUUUACUCUACCGAAGGGUAUGCGAGUGUGACCGUUAUAUUGCAAUACGAAGAAGAACUUCCAUAGUCGCAACUGAACUAAACUAAAUUAACACCACAACCCAGCCCACAAAACAACCCAAGCAUGGUUCAGUUAAAUAAAAUAUAGUUAGAGAGGGAAUGCCCAGCCGGAUUUGUUGAAACUAAAUAGCCAACCUAUUCCCAUUAAAAAAAAAGGCCAACCUACACUACCUUGGGCGGAUCCUUCUCCACUCCCCCACCUCCUCUACUGCCCAGUAUCCGAUUUUUUUGGAUCUUCUAUGAGGUGAAGGCUGCCGCAUUCCAAGCCAUUAUUUCUUUAUUAAAUACAUUCAUUAUGAUUUUCAUUUCAUGUUAAUUAGUGGUGGUGUGGGCCGGGCCGGCCGGGUUGGCGCAUCAAAUAAUAAUUAGCAACUUUGAGAGGCAAUUUUGGACAAGAAUUGUUGACACAGUCGCAAUUAGCAAUGUUGUUAAAACCGAACCGGACAUCGAUCCGGAUUAGUAAAGGGUGCAAGGUUUAUCAGAUAACCGGUGGUUAAUCGAUAUUAAAAACCGAUCAUAAACCGGUGUUGACUUACUUGGUAUACUUAACAAUUAUUUUUUUUUUACAAUUAUUGUUUCACUUAUUAGAGAUAAAAGAAUAAAGUGAGAAUUAUUAAAACUGAAAAAGCAUAAUUUGGGCGGCUGCUAGGUCUUUUUUGGGAAAAGUGAACUGAUUUUUCUUCUCUUUAUAUUUUAUUCUGUACUUACCUUCUUUUGUUUUUGAAUUUUUAAUUGCAACAAAAUAAAAGGAAGGCGCAUGUUUGAUUUUAAGAAGGUGGGUCGUUCCCCUCAAAAAAAAAAAAAAAAGAAGGUGGGUCGUGAGUUCCGUGACACACCCGCCUCUUGAACUCUAAAUGGCCAACCUUCUCCACUCCCCCACGAGGCCACAAAUCCUUCUCCACUCCCCCACUAUCCCACUUUCCACACACACACGUACUCCACUGCAUGCGGCAAGUAAAUCACGUGUGUAGAAUCACUUUCUCUCCUUUAUAUAAUGGAGAUACCACUUUCUCUCAUGUUACAAUUUCCGUUUACUACUUCCCAUACAAAACACUUCGGUUCCAUUGACCGUGCGAAUUGCAUUCAAUAUGGCGGGCCUGCCUCAAUUCAAUCAGUAAGUACUGCUCAUGCAUCCAACAAAUACUACAUCAUGUAAUUUUGAUUCUUUUUCACUACUUAAUGCCAAAACUUACAGUCCAAUAUAUAGGCUUCCCCAUGGUUUUAUUGCUAAUCUGCAAUAUGAUGAUGCUCUUGAAAUUUGUGAGCGUGCCGACACCAUCGAUCUUAUUAUGUUGCAAGUGGAUGUCGAAAAUCAGGUAACUAAACAAAUAAAUUUCUUUUUAAUCGUACGCCUUUUGUGGCAUGCUGCAUUUUAUCGAUUUGCUUUGACAAUAUUCGUUUCUGUGUUUACAUCAGGGCACCUCUUUUUUGUUAUCCGGACGUGUAACGAAUUUGACGACGUCCUGGUCCCCUACAUCCAGAAUCCAUUUCGUCCACCUCACAAUUGAGGACGAAUUCAUUGGUGUUGACAUCGUCUUCCCGUCAUCAGAGUUACGAACGAUUGUUGAAUCUGUAUUCAGUCAUGCAGAUGUUGUCAAUGCUGACUAUAUGGCCCUUCUGAACAUGCUUGGAGAACAGACAUUUGAAGUCAUGGUCACAGUCGGUCCCUAGAACGAUGCAUUUGGUUAUUGUGAACUUGUGUUGGUGAAAUUAUUUUUGCCUUUGUUGAAUUGAGUACCAUGUCAUGAACAAUGAGACAAUGUAUUGAGUUUUCUUAUUUUGGACUUGCAUGUUAUUUGUCGUAAUACUCAACUAGAUUAGAUUUGUGAUUAGUAAAAUUUCAUGUAAGUAUUUUUAUUGUGAUUAGCUAAUCUUCAAAUGUAUUUCUAACUUAUUAUGAAUGUUCAUUCAUAUUACAUGUUCGUCUUCAACGAAUUGCAAAAUUGCAACAAUCUUAUGAUAAUAUAAAACAAGACUCAUUUCUCGACACUAUCAUUAUAGAUAUUGUAACUCCAUUUCCUUAAACAAAUGCGGCCAACGGGCCGGGCUGUAGGCUAGUUAUAAAUACAUAGUUAAUCUAGUUAGAGUAUUCCACAAUUAACCGCUAGCCCACUUGCUUGAACGAGUCAACCGUUUAAAACAUGUGACAACCUUGAUCAUAACUAAUUAUAGUUAACAAAUUUUUUUGUAUAUUUUUUCUAAAUCUACAAAACAUAUAAAACUGGAGUUGACACUCUUGCUUUAGAGCACAAAAAUGCGAACUUGGAGGAAUCCGAAAAAACGUUCAUGAAUUCUUAUAUGUUGGAGGGUGAAUCAUGUAGAGAAAUUCACGAAUUACCAUAUGUGGCCGAAACAAAACAAGAGAAUUUCACUAGACAAUGCGUACAUAUGGACAUGGUAAAUGAAAGUAAAAGUAGAAAAUAAUUGACGGCAAGAUACGGUCUCUGCAAGGUUCAUAUCAUUUGGUGGGUGAUUUGCUAAUCACCAAUGAUAGAUUACAGCUAUGUAGAAUCUAGACAAUUUACAGGUAUUGUGAACUCACCCUGUCAACUUGAUAAGAACUCACGACUAUAUUGAAAGAGAUAAAUUCGUGUAGAUUAUUGAGUUGACCACUGAUCUACAAAUUGUUUGGACGAGUACGAUAAUUUGAUAAGAACUCUGGAGAUGAUAGGCUUUUUAAAUGAAGGAAAUGAAGGGUUGAUGAACAAUGGCUAGAAAAAAUUGUAAGAUGAUGAGAAACAAUAAUAUAUUGCGGGUGAGGUGCUGCUUGGGGAAAACUUAGUUUGAGUGAGAAAUGGAUAUGUACACUUUUUUUUAUAAAUAAAAUUUGAAAAACAAAGAAAACUUAGGUACUUUUAUGCAUAAAAUUGGUAACAAAUCGUUUGAACGGGC